UACAAUUGUUCACAGUUUGCAGUAGCGCUGCAGUUCGAAGUCUACCAAGAAGAUCAGAUGAAGAGCCCUCAAGAUGAUGUCCUUCAGAGCAACUCCUGUUCAGAAAAGGAAGGAAGCAGUUUGGAAGACAAGUCCUCUGAUCCAAAACUAGAGUUUGAGAUCGACGAGACAGGAGUCUCUUCUAAUGAAAAGAAUAGUGCUUUCCAAAACAAUAAGAAAUCCAAACUUUUCAAAGGAGUGAUUUUUACUUUAAGUUCCACCGUAUUUUUCUCUUUAAAUGCUGUUAUUGUGAGACAUUUACAGAAUGUACAUCCAGGUGAAAAGGCCUUUUUUCGUUUUCUUGGAAUCUUUAUAUUUAGUUUACCGUUACUAAUACACUCUAAACAAGAACCGUUUGGUCGAAGGAAUGUCAUACUUAUGGUGUUUCUUCGCGGAAUAUUUGGAUCCCUUGCUUUAUUUAUGAGGUUUUAUGCUUAUCAUUUCCUUCCCAUCGCGGAUGCUUCAGUGAUCGUGUUUAGUAUUCCGAUAUUCGUGACCAUUUUUGCAAGGAUCUUUCUAAAUGAACCUUGUGGCUGGUUUGAAGGUAUUUUGUUAGUUUUCACCAUUUCUGGAAUUACAUUAAUGACUAAGUUACCACUCCAGUUUCUACAAAGUGAAGAAUCUAUCGAUGUUUCAACUAAAGAACGUAUUUUUGGUAUUGCUAUGGCCUUAGGAUCUACAAUAUUUGCCUCUUUAGUAUAUAUAGUUAUUCGUAAGGUUAAAGAUGUUCAUCAUUCAGUUAUUUUGUUCAGUUAUGGAUGGAUAGGUGUUAUAGUUUGUACAGUUGGUACAGCUGUGUUUGGAUAA